CGCCAGCCAGCCGCAUGCUGCUUGCGCUCACUUGUCCGCCAGCUUCAGUGAGCCUCUUUCCUUUACGAGCCAGUGUCCCCAUCCUUCGUUCUUCAACCUAUGUGUGGGUCGUUGAGAUGGGAGAUGAACCUCUCCUCGGCUCGAAUCUCAUCCUUCUCGGGCUGACCAUUGCCUCGUCAACGAACAACAUCGCUGCUCAUCGCCAAAUGUGACGACGGACCUGUACCAGCUCCUUGUUCGAACAGUACCGGAUUCGGAAGGGAGAAACGCCCUCACUGCCCCGGAUGGCUCCUUUCCAUCCACCCCUGGUUCGCCGUCUGCGCCAAUGUUGAACACAAGAACAAAGGACAUUUUGACGUCGAUCGCUCGACCAAACGAUAUCGACGUGCAACCAACACUGCUGGACCUCGAUUCCUCGUGAUGGCUGGAUCCUGUAAUCUAGAACCACCACCACAAUGAUCAGCAGGGAUGUGUUCAAGAUCAAGGAUAGCUCUCGGAAGUGGACACUUCUUGACUGGCCAAACAGGUCCCAAACACCGCUGGAUGCCCAUCCCGGCACGAUGCCAUUUCUGGUCAACAGAUCCAUCCACCACCUUACGGCGGGGUUGUCCACAACCAUCGAGUUCAACAAGCGAUGAUGCAUUGUCGGAACCCCCUUCGUGUACUGUUGGCUGCGGCAUGAAUAAUGGGAACCCUUUCAGGGAGGUUCACGAGUCACACCGACAUAAAACUGGGCUGCCUCACCAGACAUAUUGGCGGCUAUGGUCCCUUAAAUUGACACCUACCCGCCGUCUUCUUCCCCUUCGUGAUCCACGAAACACGUAGCCAGGUGAUGUAAACAUGUCAUAUGCAUUGUCUGCUCACACCGUUCCCAGCACCGUUGGGCGGAGGAACAUCCGCAGUCGCCUCGGUGUGGCCGGGCAGAAAAAUCGACAGCUGUACGUCCACACAUGUGAAAGUCGACAGGAUUCAGGACCGUCACCGAGCGCGCAGGAGAGAAAUGGAGCGGGCAAUGGGCAGUGAUUUUAAUCCAAACAAAGCAACAAUUUCCAUCCAUCAGAAAGAUGAGCUGUCAUAUGUGGUGAUGGCGUUCUGAAGGUCUCCACAACCUCUUUCGCAGACAUCAUGCCCCAGCUUUCGCCAGAGGGCGCCUUUCAAUAGCCUGGCUCCCAUGAGCCAUCCACCGUCCACACAUGUUGAGCAAGUCAAGGUCAAGCCUUCCCCGAUAGGCAGAUAGGUGAUAAGGGCAGUUGGCCGGCUGAUAAGACGGCCAACUUGUGAGCGAAUUGUGACGCCGCGGACAGUUGUUGACCUGCAGUUGGAUGUCUUGCUUCUCACAAUCCAGAACGGUGUCUUUCCGUCAUCCCCCUAUCUGGUGGAGUGUUCAUUUCUGUACCUGCCUGCAGUUUCUGAUUCUGAUUCCAUGGGCUAGUAAUCGACUGUAUGAAGGAUUUCCUCUAUUCAACCCUCAUCCGGACUCACAGUAGCAUCUGACGUGCGGUCUGGUCUCUUCGACGCUGCGUGGAGCCACAUUCACCUUACCUAGGAAGGGUGACGUUUGCUGGAGAGUGACUUAAAGGGGCUUUGGUAUAAGUUUUGUCACUUGUUUGACCAUACAAACGCCCCCACGAUCCUCAACCGUUUGUUGACCUUUGUCUUUUGUUGACGGAUAGCAACCAUCUGGUUCCUUUGCUUGUCCCGUGAGCACUGUACAGUCGUCAACACACGUCCCUGCUUUGUUGCUAGUCCUUUUCCAAAGUAUAUAAUCGAUAUCAAGCGCAAUGGCUUCAGCAGACGUUCUUGCUCCUGAAUCAUCCGCUUUUGGCACCGUGAAGAGAAAGAGAUCAAGCUCGCACCUCAGCAACAUGGCACCCAAAACCCCGAAAGGACCCACCUUCGACCCAGAGAAGCAUCUCAACUAUCAGCCCCCAAGCAAGGUCUGGACCAUGAAGGAGAUUGGAUUCGAUGAACAGGGUGUCUCGCCGAACGCUGUUUCAGAGCCUUUCCCCCUUUUCACAGAGGAGGCCAUUCAGCAGAUGAGAGCCGAAGUCCUCAGCAAGCCAGUUUGGGACAACUGCAAGUACUCCAGCGAACUUGCCCACUGUCAGCUGCGAGGAUUUGCCCCCGAGUAUGCGCCAUUUGUAUAUGAUGCCUGGCGAAGCCCCGCGGUCCUCUCGAUUGUGUCCAAGAUCGCCGGUGUCGAACUGGUCCCCGCCAUGGACCUUGAGAUUGCUCAUAUCAACAUUUCCCGCAACACCACGGAACAAAUAGAAGCAGUCAAACAGGCUUUGGAGGAGAAAUCUCAUCGAGAAGCCGACGAAGGCGUUUCGGGAUGUCCGUAUGAAGACGAUCAACCCAUCGUCGACUGGCACACCGACAGCUAUCCCUUUGUUUGCGUGACGAUGCUCAGUGAUUGCACCAACAUGAUUGGCGGUGAGACGGCAUUGAGGACGGGUACCGGAGAGAUCAUGAAAGUCCGUGGUCCUGCAAUGGGCAAUGCCAUCGUCCUUCAAGGUCGCUACAUCGAGCACCAAGCCUUGCGUGCGUUGGGUACCGCGGAACGCAUCUCCAUGGUGACCUCGUUCCGGCCCAAGUCGGCAUUCAUCAAGGACGACACGGUACUUACCACGGUGCGCCCCAUCUCCGACCUCAGGGAGCUCUACUCACAGUAUGCCGAAUAUCGAUUCGAGAUGUUGGAGGAGCGUGUUCGAGCACACUUGAAGGAAAUCAGGGACGGCAAGCGCGCUCGUCGCUUCGACACCCAGGCUACCAAGGCAUUCAUCAGGGAGCAGAGGAGCUUUCUGGACUCGAUGCUGCGAGAGCUUGUUGACGAUGAAAUGGUGACUGCUGGCAUGCUGGGCGGUGAAAACCACCUGUUCAGCGACGACUUGAUUUCGAAAUACCGCAAGAAGCCCAAGCUGUAGAUGGACAGUGGGAGGGUCCAAGGCACUGCAGAAGGAUUAUUCUGAGCAACGACGGACGGGACACGAGUUUCCUUUUUCAAGACUGUAUUGAGUGGGCGUGAGCUGGUCUGAGGGCCGGAGCUGCUGGGACACAGUAUUCUCGACAAGCCAGUGACAAUUGUGCCUGU